AUGGCAGCCAAUGAAUUCUCGCUGGCCUACCAUGAGCCAUCAAUCACCACAAUCAUCAUACUCUCCGGCUUUCUUCUGCUGCUGAACACCGUCAACUAUGGCCUUGAUAAGCUCGUAUACUGCGGUCUCAUUGGCCAGGUCUUCCUAGGCAUCGCAUGGGGUACGCCCGGCGCGAAAUGGCUGUCGGAAGAGAUGGAGAACUCGAUAAUGCAAUUAGGAUACCUUGGGUUGAUCCUGAUCGUGUAUGAAGGUGGUCUUUCCACAUCUUUCAAAUCUCUCAAGGCAAACCUGCUCCUCUCGAUCGGAGUCGCAAUCACCGGCAUCGCCGUACCUAUCGGUCUUUCUUUCACCCUCCAAUCUCUCGUCGGUGCCUCGCCCUUGCAGGCCUUUGCUGCCGGCGCCGCGCUCUGCUCUACCAGCCUAGGCACUACUUUCACGGUUCUCGGGACCAGUGGGCUCUCCACGACACGUCUGGGCGUCGUGUUGACUAGUGCCGCCAUGAUGGACGAUGUAGUAGGCCUCAUAAUGGUGCAGGUCGUAUCAAACCUCGGCGGGGGCGGCGGUGGUGGUUUCAAUGCCGUAACCGUCAUCCGCCCUGUCUUCGUGUCACUGGGAUUCUCAAUCGUGGUCCCAGCGGUGUGUAAACUCAUCAUUCAGCCAGUCACACUCCGUCUAAAUGCAGUCAGAGAGAACAACCCCGGCUCUAAGAUCAAUCGCCUGUUACAGCUACGGCAGACUGCAUUUGUCAUUCAUACUAGCUGGCUAUUUGGUCUUGUUGUUGGCGGAACGUUUGCCGGCACAUCAAGUCUGCUGGCCGCGUAUGUUGCCGGGGCUACAGUAAGUUGGUGGGAUUCGGAAGUACCGCAUGUUGCGACGCGAAGCAACGACAGCAGCGCGGAAGUUGAGGAUUCUACAGCCACAGUGGCAGAAGCUGAACCAGUAAUCGGCAACUCUGGCGUGGAAAUAUACGAGAACUACUACCAACAAGCCGUGGAGCGUGUCCUGAAACCGUUCUUUUUCGCUUCUAUCGGCUUCUCGGUCCCCAUUACGAGAUUGUUCUCUGGUCCCAUCGUCUGGCGUGGUGUCGUUUAUACCAUACUAAUGAUGAUUGGUAAAAUUCUAUGCGGCUUUUGGCUUCUGUCAUACGCUAGCCCACUGCUUACCAUACAACGUAUCACAAAGAGGAUCUCUGGAACGGGAAAGAAACAGCCCAAAAAGCUUAGCCCCGGAGCGCAGUGUAACAGCAGCACAUCCGAAUCCCAUGCAGAUAACAACAAGGGCCAGCAACAGCAGCAGCAGCAGCAGCAGCAAACUGGGCAGGGAAAUCAGACUGAAGAUAUCCCUCUGCAGCCUGUAGGGACCCGUCGACCCGAAGCAAUGCCGAAAAAUGCCUCUCCCCAGCCGGAGAUGCCGGUUUCUGUGUACCCGGCCUGUAUUCUCGGUUUCGCCAUGGUCGCCCGCGGCGAGAUCGGCUUCCUCAUCUCUGCCGUCGCCGAAAGCACUGGCAUCUUUAGUGGGGGUUCGGGGAGCCCCGCGGAGCCUUCAGAGCUGUUUCUUAUUGUCACAUGGGCCAUUUCCCUCUGCACCAUCGUUGGGCCGAUUUCCGUGGGCCUCUUGGUAAAUCGUGUCAAAAGGCUGGAGUUGCAUGGCGGGAAAGGUACGGCCGAAGGCAGACGGAAUGUUCUCGGCAGUUGGGGAGUCAGCUAG